AUGGUUGUCCCUAAGGCUAAAGUACCGGAUGUUCUACAGCUUAGUGGUUCUUCAGGAGGCCACCUGGGAGCUAAACGAACUCUAUUGAAGAUCCGAGAACGGUUUUACUGGGUCCACUGUCGUGACGAUGUCGAGGACUGGUGCCACAAAUGUACAAGUUGUGCGGCUGUAAAGGGACCUCAAAUUCGUAGUAGAGACGCAUUGAAAUUGUACAAUGUUGGUGCACCAUGGGAGAGGAUAGCCAUUGACGUUGCGGGGCCGUUUCCGGAAAGUGAAAGUGGUAACAAGUAUUUCAUGGUUGUGAUGGAUUACUUCACUAAGUGGCCAGAAGUCUUCGCCAUUCCAAAUCAAGAAGCUUCAACAGUUGCAGAUAAACUAGUUCAUGAAGUCUUCUGUCUUCAUGAACUAGAUUAG